AAAGAGUGUGUGCCUCUCUCCCUCCCCUUUGUUCUUUCCUCCAUUGGCUGAAUGUCCUACUGUUUUCGCCCUCAUCUGCAUUCUUUUCAUCGCCUGCGAAAGAACUGGAGCAAAGCGCAGCCGCUUGGAAUGUCCCUUUGGAGAGCUUUUGCGCCCUCCUCCUCCCUGUGGUUGAUCCGGGAUCCCGGAGAGUGGUGAGUGGCUGCAGAAACCUCCUCCUCAAACCCACACCUCCCUGACCCCUCCCCUGCCACCGAGCCCUUAUACAGCACCCUCGACGCGAGCAGGCAGCUCCUAGCGCCGUUCCUCUGACCCGGAGAGAAGUCCUUUCUGCUCACCUGCCCGCCGGGACCGCAAAGGCAUCAUCACCAAGGAUGAAGGCUUCCUUCGCCGCGCUGCUGGCAGUUCUGCUCUGCGUGGAGAGAGUGGCAUCGCUGACCUGCUUCCACUGUGAGAAUGAGGAAAACAAUUGGAACUGCCUGAAGCCAAAGACCUGCAGCGACUCGGACAAGUACUGCGUCACCAAGUAUUUCGGUGGAGGUGUCGGUGACAACAAGAAGCAGUCCAUCAGCAAAUACUGCUCUCCCAUGUGCCCCCAAGGAGGGAUCGACCUUGGCGUCAUGGCCUUUUCCAUCAAAUGCUGCGAGUCCGAGCUGUGCAACUUAAGCGGGGCUUCCGGCGUGAAAAGCAGCUCCCUGAUCUUGGUUGCAGGCACCUUGGCCAGUCUGCUGUACAUCUUUGGAGCCAAGUUGUAGAUGCAGAAGGCGGGAAGGACUUCUCCUCCAGGGAGAAACCCAACCUUUCCCCCCACGUGCAAAACUGUGCUUUGUAAUUCAUGCCUGUUAACUUUAUUCUCUGCCCAGAUCCGUCUUUCCCAUUGGUGUUAGUGGUGCGUUGCGCCAGG